AUGACUACACUCCUUCAUGGGAAACCGAGUCUUUCAUUCCUCUUCAGAAAGACAACAGUGCUGCCUAUGACAUACCCCAAACUGGUGAAACUGCUGGACCCUAUUUUUUCCGACGAAGCGACUAAUCGAAGACAGCGGGAAAAAAAAACAUACAGACUCUUCCUGAAUUACUUGAAAGAGGUCUGGAAAAGGUUAGAUGGCAAUAUAUCUCUCCAUUGUAUUUUAAAGUUCAUCACUGGAUACGAGAACGAGCCUGUUCUGGGUUUCCAAAUGAAGCCCACUAUUUGUUUUGAUACGAAUAUGCCAUCUUGCCUUCCUAUGGGCAACACUUGUAUUAGUAGGCUGACUUUGCCGAUAGGUGAGAAUGUAUCAAUGACCAAGGAAGAAGUGUUCUCUUUCUUUGACUACGCAAAUGAUUACUUUGGCCAUCUCCAAUUGAAACUACUGAUUUCUGAUUGACUCUCUUUGACAAGGUGUUUUUUUUAAUUAUAAGUUGAAUUUAGUUUACAGCAGCACUGUAGAGGCGAAAAUUCUGAAAUGGGCCUGAGAUGAACGAAAUGAAAAUACAUU